UGAACUGUUGUAAGUCAGAACUGAACUGAGCUUAAAUUUAUUUACAAACAACUGAGGAAUGAAAAAAGAAAAUGCAAUGGAUCCUUUGGAGGAGAAUAUAGAUCUAAGGGGUGAAAUUUAUGAUAUAAUAAGGAAUAUCCGCGAUCCAGAAAAACCACAAACCUUAGAAGAGCUACAAGUCAUAAAUGAAGAUGACAUAUCUGUGAAACUAAACUCCAACUGUUCUGUCAUAGCAAUAGAGUUAACUCCUACAGUUCCCCAUUGUGAAUUAGCCACUAUUUUAGGUCUUUGUGUUAGAGUGAAAUUAGAAAGAUACUGGGGAAACAAAUACAAGUUGGAUAUAUUUUUGAAAGAAGGAACCCAUACUUCUGCUCAUUCACUAAGUAAGCAGCUGAAUGACAAGGAACGCAUUGCAGCCGCCAUGGAAAAUUCAGAAUUAAGAAGAAUAGUUGAAGAAUGUAUCAAAGAAGAAGAUAACUAGUUUAUUUCUCUCCGAAUGUGACAUAUUUUGAUCACAUAUUUAGCAGCUAUUUGUAUAUAUAAUUUUAUUUUGAAUUUACUGGUUAUUUUUAAAUAAAUUAGGAAAUAUGUA